GCAGCGCCCGAAGGAGGCGCCCAGGCCCUCGUAGCGCCAGGGCGGCCCGAGAGCGAGGGCGGCGAGUGAGCAGCAGCCCCGCGCCCUCCCACGCCCGCAGGGCCCAGGCAGCGCAGGGCCGCCGGCGCCCUCGACCCCGCCGCCAUGGAGGGCCUCGCGGCCGGCCUGCACGACGGCCUCACCAUCCACGACCUGCAGCCGCCCACCCUCGCCCACGACCAGGCGCCCACGGGUGCAGAGCACGCCCACACCUCCGCCCACGGCUCCAGUCACGACCAUCGGCAUCGCCAUACGCCCGUACACACGCACGACCACACGCACGCCCACGACGUGCACGGGCUGGACACCUCCGCCCACGCCCACGCCGACGCGGUGCACGCCCUUUCGCACGCCCACACCUCCACGCACAUCACGGCGGCCGCCCACAGCCACUCCGCCCUCUCUUCGCCGCUCCACCAAACGGGCGUCACUUCGGCCAUCCGUGGCCCGCCCCCUCUUCACCCCCUCACGCCCACGCCCGCCACCACAGUCCUACCUCCCACGCCCACGGACAAGAAGCCGCCCACGACAGACGCGGGCGAGAAGCCGUCCCAGUCCUGCUCCACGGAAUCGGACGACGACAAGAACAAGAAGAAGCGGCAGCGGCGCCAAAGGACGCACUUCACGUCGCAGCAGCUGCAGGAGCUCGAGGCCACCUUCGCCAGGAACAGAUACCCCGACCUGAGCACCCGCGAGGAGAUUUCCCUGUGGCUCAACCUGAAGGAGGCGCAAGUCAGGAUCUGGUUCAAGAACCGCCGCGCCAAGUGGAGGAAGCGCGAGCGCAGCGCCAUGGCCUCGGCGAUGCCCGGCGACCUGAAGGGCGGCUGGGGCGCGCAGCUCAACGGCUUCGCGUGGCCCGACGACGGCCUCUACUCGGGCUACUCCUACAACAACUGGGCGCGCGUCACGCCGCCGCCCCUCAGCACCAAGAGCUUCGCGUGGGGCUUCAACAGCGUCAACAUGAGCCCCCUGAUGAGCCAGCAGCCGUCGGCCAUGUCGCCCAUCAACUGCUUCCAGUCGCCCACGCAGGGCAUGGGCGGCUCCACCUCGGCGGCGGCCGCGGCGGGCAUCAUGCAGACGUCGAUGGCGUCCACGCUCGGCUCCACCAGCGCCGCCGCCCCGCCGUGCCCCUACCCGGCCCCCACGCCCCCCUACGUGUACCGCGACCAGACCUCCAACAUGUCCACCUCCCUCGCCUCGCUGCGCCUCAAGGCCAAGUCCCACUCCCCGGGGGGCUUCUCCUACCCCCCCGUGUCCCCCCGCCAGAACUCCCUCUCGGCCUGCCAGUACUCCAUGGGCGAUCGCUCCACGGUGUAAGCGGCGGCCAGCGGAGGGCGGCGGCGGAGCCUCGACCGAAUAACUCUCGUUCGUUCGCAGCGCCGACGAGCCCGUCUCUGCGGAUCAACGCUGCAGGCGUACAGUGUAAUGGCGACGAUUGUGCAGCUGCGCCACCUACA